GUUGAGAGGUAGUCACGAAUGCCACCCAAUGACGGCAACACGCUCUAUUCGCAACUUCGUCACCGACUAAUAGAGAGUGGCGACUGGGAACAGAUUAGGAUAAUGUUGAAUUCAAAGCUCAACGAAAGUGGAUGGACAGAUGACAUACGUCAUCGUAGUAAAGAACGAGCAAGGAACAUGGACCCACUAUCUUAUCAGACGUUGUUGGAAGAGAUUCGCACUCACGCCCAGACUUCUAUUCCGCUGGCCGUAAAACGCGAAGCUACGACGCUUAUUCGCCAGAACCUUGAGAAGCAUAUCGCGCUAUUUUACAAGAUGACACUCGCAGGUCUUACCAAAGAAUACUACGCCAAAUACAUGGAAGGGCUCAAAUUACAUUGUACUGCCAUGCAACGGACGCGUAGUUCAAAAUUCUUGCCUCUCUGAUUAGACCGCUACCUGGGAAAUUCUACGCCGUUUCACAUCAAAUGGAUAGGAUAGCUUCGCACAAACCUAUUUAUUGAACCACAGAGAGCGUACAAUGUAUACCAUACAUGUUAUAUAUCGGGCUUCAAGCUUU